AUGAGUGAGUAUGAGAAUUACGCCUUUAUGCUGCAACACUCUGUCCAAGCCAUCCAACAUGCCCACUCCUUCUCCAUGCAAGCUUUCGAAACAAGGGAGAAGCUGACCGACAUGAAGAGGGAGCUUUCUGUCCUCAAAAAGGAGAACAAGGCUGCUCUGAUAAAGAUGAAGAAGCUGGAAGAUCAGGCGGAGGCUGCCACUAAGGCCCAACAGAUGGCCGAAGAAAAAGCGAAGUCUGCUGAAGCCAUCAAAAAAGUUGCCGAGGCCGAGAAGAGAGAUGCCGAGGUAAAAAAGGCUCAAGCCAAAAAAGAGCUCGUGGAGGCCCUGGCCACUAAAAACGCCGAAAUUACUGAAGCCGAUGAAAAAGCUUACGCCCAAGGAAUGGCCAAUGUUGCUGAGGACUACAAACUGCAUGUUAGGCAGGCAUGCAACAGGGGCUUUUCCCUUGGUUGGUUGUCCCUGGCCAAAAAGCUCAAUGUUCCUGAAGAUUCUCCUCUGCACAAGGUUGAAGCUAUUCCUCUCCCAUUCCCUCCUCCUGCUCCACCUUCAAGUCAAGCUGAAGAUGAGUCAGAAUCUGAGGCUGAGGAUGAAGAUAACAAUGAAGAUGAGGCCUUGGUGAGGAAAUCUAAGGAUGCUACUGAGGCCAAGUCCCUUCCUCCAACUGAGCAAGUCAUGGACUUAACCUUGGAUGAAGAGGGUGAUGAGGUUGGGGAGGCGCCUAGGGAAGCUGUUACAGGGCAAUUAUCAUCCGACCUUCUCUUAGCUGAAAGAAGUCUUGACAAAACGCUUGUAGAGAUUGAUGCCGAGCUGGCUGCAGAGAAGGCUGCCGAAGUAGUUCCCCAGGAAUCUGCCGAGGUCCAGACCCAAAUCGCUCCUGAAACUAAAGAAUCAUAA